CCUCAUUCUCAAUCAAGUUAUUUUCUUCACUGCGAUAAAUCUCUAUAAAAUUUCAAUUUCCUCAUUUCAGAGUAAUCUUACUGCGAUUACAAUGGCGCCAAAGGCAACAGCAGACAAGAAGGUCGCCGAGAAGAAACCAGCAGAGGAGAAGAAGACCGUCCCCGCCGAGACAACUGCGGCGGAAAAGAAGCCAUCGAAGGCCGGGAAGAAGGUCCCCAAGGACGCCGCCGCUGCCGGCGACAAGAAGAAGAAGAGGCCAAAGAAGAGCGUCGAGACCUACAAGAUCUACAUCUUUAAGGUCCUGAAGCAAGUUCAUCCCGACAUCGGGAUCUCCUCCAAGGCGAUGGGAAUCAUGAACAGCUUCAUCAACGACAUCUUUGAGAAGCUCGCUCAGGAGUCGUCCAGGCUUGCCCGCUACAAUAAGAAGCCGACUAUCACCUCCAGGGAGAUUCAGACGGCGGUGAGGCUUGUACUGCCCGGAGAAUUGGCCAAGCACGCCGUUUCCGAGGGAACAAAGGCGGUGACUAAGUUUACAAGCAGCUGAAGAUCAGUUUAGAUAUAUGGAUCUAGUUGAAGUACCUUAUGAUUAGGGUUUACUAGUAUGAAGUGGUUUUUGACGUUUAUGGAAUCUUUUGGAUGUUAAUUUGUUCCUUUAUCGAUUUGUUCACCGGCAAAAUUAAAUAUAAUUUUCUGUUAAUUUUACAUUUCAU